UCUUAAACAGCUUCCUAAUCAAGUUCCCUGUGCGCAGUGAGUGAUGUAGUGUGUGAAGUUCAGGAGGUGGUUUGGGACACAAUCGGAAAUGAGACAGUCCUGAAGUGACAUAGUUUAUUUUCAAGUUGCUGUUGUUUGUUUGUUUUAUUGUGAAAUCUCUGGGGAAAUCACCUGAAGCGCGCGCGAUGCUGCACACGGAGUCGGAGCCGGUGCUGUACCGGCUCGCGCGCCUGCUCUGCGGCGUGUCCACGCACUUCCUGUGCGCCGCUUUCACCGGAUGUGUGGGGAUCCUGUCUAAACCGGGCUCCAGUUUGUUUUCUUGGCACCCUUUUCUGAUGACCUUGGCGUUCUCGUUUUUCAUGACCGAGGCGAUCCUGCUGUUCUCGCCGCACGCCUCUCCCGCGGGUAAACUCAAGCACCAGGCGAAAUCGCGGCUGCACUGGAUCCUGCAGUGUUCCUGCGCGACCUGCGCGUUGCUCGGGUUCGGAGUCAUAUUCUACAACAAGCACGCGAACGGCAAGCCGCACUUCUCCACCUGGCACGGGCUGGUGGGCGUGGUCACCGUGGGCGUGGUGACGCUGCAGUCGGUGGGGGGGCUGCCCCUGAUCUACCACAAACUGGUUAAAGGCUGGUCACUGGCCAAGCUGAAGCGCUACCACGCCGCCGCCGGCCUCGUCACCUACCUGCUGGGGAGCGCCAGCCUGCUCCUGGGCACCUGCUCCGCCUGGUUCAUAUCAAGCGUCGGGGGGAACACCUGGUACGUCGCCGCGCUAUGCCCCGCCCUCUCCGCCAUCACCAUCAUGAGCCAAGUGACCAACGCGUACAUGGCCAAGAAACGCCUACAGUCGUAAAUCAGGAGUCGAUACAGAGACCCCCGAACAUUUAAUCUGAAGCAGAAUAAAGCGCUGGGGGGGAAGGGGGGCAAUUCUUGUUCUUUUGCCACAAAACAAAUGGAUAACGAAGAGUUCAUGAUAAAAACUGUUAAAGUGUGACGGUUUCACUUCAGUAAAUAUUUCUGUAGAAAAAUGAUAAUUAUACUAAACAAAAGAUUCUACUUUUAUACUCAUGGUACUUUUAUACUCAGUGUGUCAGCAUGUCGUUAUGUGUGUGAUGAGACCAUAAAGGUUGUGAUGGAGAGAAUAAAUAAAUAAAAUGUUUCAAAUACGACAAGAAAUGCUGAAUUUAUUUUUUUUGUUUCUGUUAAAACAACAUUAAAUAAAUACAAUGUCAUUUUAAUCUCAGAGUCUGUGCUAAAUACAAGAGCUGAUGAGUGUCCAUUUGUACUGUGUGUGUGUGUGAGCUCUUGUCCUGAUCUGUCACAGAUACUGGUCUUAAACACACCAGAAAAAAAAGAAAAAGAAUAAGUCCACAAUCUUAACGUUACUUCUGGCAGAAACGUAAAGGGGUCGUUUUUUUUCCUUUAAAAGGCAGACAAAAAUGUAAAAAAAUAUAAAGUAGGAAAUCAUAAAUAAAUAAUUCUGGUGAAAUCAUACAUAAUUGAAAAAGUAAGCAAAUUAGUUAUGCCUAAUUUGAUGAAAAAAAAAAAAAAA